AUGCUGAAGUUCGAGUCUCUGAACUUGGGACCUCAUUCGAGGUCGAGAACGCCGCCACCAUCGACACGAAGGCCGUCGCAGACGCCCCCGUUGGAUAGGCAGAAUAUUCAGUCUCCAGAAAGAAGACCGUACACAGGCUACACCUCCUCCGCACUUGGCGAAAGCUGGGACGUUGGUAGUGGCGGAGACCUGGACGAAGAAGACGAUGACCUUGUCUAUGAGGAUGAUGAAGACGAGUUCGGACUCCCCAGCAUCACAAGCAUGCGGCGGAAACGAAGUAGGAAGGACAAGACACUGAAAGCCGUCCAAACGUCGUACCCCAACCUAUUACAAACCACGUCCGCUCCAGCUUUGGCUCCGUCGCCUUUCGCCCGGCCUGUCAGGUCGAACAGUUUUGAUAUUGCUGAGGAGCGCAAUCCGCUGGCAUACCCCAGCGCGAAGAAGGGAGAAGGGAAGAUCCUCAGGCCUCAAUAUAAAGACAUCCUAAAAGACCCAGCGAAUUCGCUCCACCUAAUCAACCACCCUUCGCUGCCCUUGAAUGCCACGCCCAAGGAAACAGAGGCCCAUAGCACACGGAUAUCACGAAUCAACAAGUUCAAGCGAAUAUUGCAGGCAAGCUCUGUGUCUCUACCGGAUCUACGAGCCGCAGCGUGGUCAGGGGUCCCUGAAGAAGUACGUGCGAUCACAUGGCAGCUUCUACUUGGGCAUGUGCCUACCAAUAGCGAGCGCCGUGUUGCCACACUUGAGCGAAAGCGGAAAGAGUAUCUCGAUGCUGUGAACCAAGCUUUCAGUUCGGGCCAUGCAACAAGUCGGAGUGCCUCAAGCACGGGUCUUCCAGGCCUUGCGUCACAGCCCAGCCGCGGACGAGGACUGGAUGAGGCUAUAUGGCAUCAAAUUAGUAUCGACGUACCACGUACGAAUCCGCACAUACCCUUGUACGGCUUCGAGGCCACGCAGCGUUCCCUCGAACGGAUCUUAUACGUCUGGGCGAUCCGACAUCCCGCUAGUGGCUACGUGCAAGGAAUAAACGACCUUGCUACGCCAUUCUGGCAGGUUUUUCUGGGAACCUAUAUCACCGACCUGAAUAUUGAGAGUGGGAUGGACCCUGGACAAUUACCCCGACCCGUCCUGGACGCAGUUGAGGCUGACACAUUUUGGUGCUUGACUAAGCUGCUUGAUGGGAUACAAGACAACUAUAUAGUGGCGCAGCCCGGCAUUCAUCGCCAGGUUGCCGCGCUUCGAGACCUGACAACCCGGAUCGACUCAGGUCUUGCCAGGCACUUCGAAAACGAACAUGUGGAAUACAUGCAGUUUAGUUUCCGCUGGAUGAAUUGUUUGCUGAUGCGAGAAUUGAGCAUCAGAAGUUUGAUAAGGAUGUGGGAUACAUACAUGGCGGAAGAGAACGGCUUCUCCGAGUUUCACCUCUACGUGUGCGCAGCCUUCCUUGUCAAAUGGUCGGAAAAGCUGAUGAAGAUGAACUUCCAAGAGAUUUUGAUGUUUUUGCAAGCGCUGCCCACACGCGAAUGGACAGAGAAGGAUGUUGAGUUGCUGUUGAGUGAAGCGUUCAUUUGGCAGAGCCUGUUUCGAGGCUCAAGGGCCCAUCUGCGAACGCAAAAUAGUAACAUACCCAUGGGCUCGUUAGGCCCCUCAACCUGA